AUGCCCGAGCAGCUCAGCGUCGCCGAGUUCCUGGCCGUCACUGCCGAGGACCUCAGCUCUCCGGCCGGGGCCGCCGCCUUCGCCGCUAAGAUGCCUCGGUGCCGGGGGGCGGCGCUGGCUCGGGAGGAGAGCCUGGAAGGAGACCAAGCCAUCCUGCAGAGAAUCAAGAAGUCCGUUCGGGCCAUUCACAGCUCCGGCCUCGGCCACGUGGAGAACGAAGAACAGUACCGAGAGGCUGUGGAGUCCCUGGGCAACAGCCACCUGUCCCAAAACAGCCAUGAGCUGUCCACAGGCUUCCUGAACUUGGCUGUGUUCACUCGGGAAGUGACUGCACUUUUCAAGAACCUGGUUCAGAACCUGAACAAUAUUGUCUCUUUCCCCCUGGACAGCUUGUUGAAGGGACAACUGAGGGAUGGGCGACAGGAUUCAAAAAAGCAGCUGGAGAGGGCAUGGAAGGACUACGAAGCCAAAAUACUCAGACUGGAGAAGGAGAGGGAUCGGGCCAGGGCAGCAGCAGGGAGCUUCGGGGAGGUGGCCCAGGACACACAGAGAGAACGACGCACCUUCCAGCUGCACAUGUGUGAGUACCUGCUCAAAGCUGGGGAGAGCCAGGUGAAGCAAGGGCCUGACUUUCUGCAGAGCCUCAUCAAGUUCUUCCACGCCCAGCACAAGCUUCCCCGCUCAUUCUCCUUUCUCUCCGGUCCCGUGUUUGGCCUUCUGACACCACUCAGCUUUUUCCAAGACGGCUGGAAGGCUGCUCAGAGCUUGGCUCCCUUCAUCGAGAAGCUGGCGGCCUCAGUACACACGCUGCGCCAAGCCCAAGAGGAGGAGCUGCAGAAGCUGGCCCAGCUUCGGGACUCCCUCCGGGGGACACUACAGCUCGAGAGCAAAGAGCAGGAGAGCCUGGGCCGGAAGAACUCGGGAGGCGGCUACAACAUCCAGCAGCACCAGGGCAACAAGCAGUUUGGGACAGAGAAGGUGGGCUUUCUGUACAAGAAGAGUGAUGGAAUUCGAAGAGUCUGGCAGAAAAGGAAGUGUGGGGUUAAGUACGGCUGCCUGACCAUCUCACAUAGCACGAUAAAUCGGCCCCCAGUGAAGCUGACCCUGCUGACCUGCCAAGUGAAACCCCACCCCGAGGAGAAAAAGUGCUUCGACCUGGUGACCCACAACCGGAUCUACCAUUUCCAGACGGAGGACGAACACGAGUGUGAGGCGUGGGUAUCGGUACUGCAGAACAGCAAGGAUGAAGCCUUGAGCAGCGCCUUCCUCGGGGAGACUGGCGGCGGCCCAGGGCCCUGUGGUGGUGGGGCGGGGCAGGACGGAGAAACUCGGCUGCUUCUGGCCGAGGUGAAGAGCAGGCCCGGGAACGGGCAGUGCUGCGACUGUGGAGCUCCAGACCCCACGUGGCUCAGCACCAACCUGGGCGUGCUCACGUGCAUCCGGUGCUCCGGCGUCCACCGCGAGCUGGGCGUCCGCUUCUCACGCAUGCACUCCCUCACCUUGGACCUGCUGGGCCCCUCCGAGUUGUUGAUAGCCUUGAACAUGGGCAAUGCUCGCUUCAACGAGGUCAUGGAGGCCCAGCUACCCUCCCAUGGCUGCCCGAAGCCUUCCGCUGAGAGUGACAUGAGCCCCCGCCGGGAUUACAUUGUGGCCAAGUAUGUGGAGCACAGGUUUGCUCGCAGGGCCUCCCCGGAGCCUCAGAGACUCUGGACAGCCAUCCACAACCGGGACCUCCUCUUGGUCCUGGAGGCCUUUGCUAACGGGCAAGACUUUGGACAACCACUGCUCGGGCCUGAGGGACAGGCACCUGGAGAGCUCGCCCUGCACUUGGCUGUCAGAGUUGCCAACCAGGCCUCCCUGCCCCUGGUGGACUUCAUCAUCCAGAAUGGUGGUCACCUGGAUGCCAAGGCCCCAGAUGGAAACACCGCCCUGCACUGUGCUGCCUUCUACAACCAACCCGACUGCCUCAAGCUGCUGCUGAAAGGGAGAGCUUCGCCUGGCACAGUGAACGAAGCCGGGGAGAGUGCCCUGGACGUGGCCAGGAGGAAGCAGCACAAGGAGUGUGAGGAGCUGCUGGAGCAGGCCCAGGCUGGGACCCUCACCUUCCCUCUGCACGUGGACUACCCCUGGGGAAUUCCUGCGGAACCCGCCUCUGACAGUGAGGAGGAUGAGGAGGAGAAGCGCUACCCUCCAAAGCCCCCAGCCCAGGCAUGCUGGGGUAGUGGGAGGCUGGACAUCAGCAACAGGACCUACGAGACCCUCGCCAGCUUGGGCCCAGCUGCCCUUUGGAGCUCAAAUGAGACUGUCCCCCCACCCUUGCCCGUGAAAAACCCUUCUCGGGUGCUGGGCCAGGCGCGGGUAGGACCCACCAGUGGAGAUUGUCCCGAAGUCCCUAGCCUGAGCUUGGAGCCCCCUGGGACCCCUGAGAGCCUGGACAGCCCAGCCUCUUCCUCCUCCAGUCUCACAAGCCCCCUGGAACCUAGGGCUCCCAGCCAGGCCCCACCCAGCUGGGAGGACCACCUCCAGGAGCCCUCCAGCACCACUCUGCCCAGCCUGCUGUCUGGGACCACUCCUGGGGAGAUGUAUCCCCCUGUUAGGUUCAGCUCUGAGAGCACUCGCUCCUACCGGCGGGGGGCCCGACGCCUGGAAGAGGGCACCUCAGCCCAGCAGCUGCUGUCUGGAAGGAACGUGCCGGCCGGCUGCCCUGAAGAAGACGGCUCACGGCCUGGGCUUCUCCCAGGGAGUUCUGUGCAGCUGUGGCAAGACUAGCUCCUGGCAUGUCUGAAUCACCCAACAUUCAAAACUGGAACUUGAGGGCCCUUGUGACUUUGUGACUGGCUUCAUUCCUCAGACCAGAGCCCCUGCCAAGGACCUGCCUGGCCCUUCUGUGCUAGCAUGAUGAGGCUUUCCCUCUCUGUCUCCUUGCCCACCCCGAGACCCGAGUACUCCUGAGUUGAGUUCAGCUGCAGAAACCAACUCCCUGCAUCAGCCCAGGACUGCCACUGCGUCUCUUCCAUCUCUCUAGGGCUUCUUGCCCUUUUGUUCUCUGCAUCCAGACAAGGGACUAGCUUCUCAGCAAUGUAUUAGUAUGGCCUCUGUGUCCUGAGUUCCA